ACAUUUGAAGAUGCAAAAGCCACUCUUUUGUUAUGUACAACACCAGAUGCAGUGUUCAGAUUGAAAAAAAGUGAUCUUCGCUUUGAUGAGCAAAAAAGACUUACUAAAUUGUAUUUUCAAGAUCAAUCGCACGGGAGCUUCUUGGAUUUCAUAGAGAAAGAAAUUGUGACGAAUCAAACAAAACAACUAUUUAGUCAGGUAACAACUCACUCAAAGCUACUGGGACAUGUACAUAAACAAGACAUCAGUCAGGCAAGUGGAGUAGAAAUGUCCCAAAUACUUUUGAUAGAAUCCCUGUCUUCGUUUGAUACAGAGCAACAAUUUACUGGAAAAAUGCAACACUUUUUGAAAGCAUGUAAGGAAAAGCCGACGCUUGUUAUCAUACAGUGCGAAAAUGGACACUCUAAUGCAAAUCUCAUUGCGUGUUCGAGAUUCUGUGCUUUAGAUGUAUUUGAAAAACUAAGAGAUGAACUUGAACAGGCUGUUCAUAUUAUAUUCAUUGUACAUUUGCCGAGAAUUGCAGGUGGAUGUUUUGCUGGUUUUCAGUGUGGAAUAUGGAAAUCUAUACAUAUUGAUGAUCUCUAUCCAGAAGAUAGAAAUCUUCCUGUUCUGUUUGAAAUGCAAGGACGUUCGGUGGCACAGCUUUUUGAGGAUGCAGUAAACGGGGACACUCCUAAAGAAGAAGAAAAUUUUGAAAGUGUCAGUUUAGCAAGAAUAGAAGGUCUUGUAUGUAAGUGUGUACAAGCGGCACUGGCUAACGUAAAGGAUAUAGCAGAAAAUAAGAAGAGGGAGCAGGUUAGAGUGAAGAUCGUUAUGGAGCUUAUAUUCUCAGCCAAUACAAAAGAAACCGUUUCAUUUUUGUAUGGAGUUUGCCGUGUUAUUUCGAUGUUAUUGUCUGAAAAAGAAAGAAGUACAGAAUCUUUUAUUGACCCUAAAGACUGGAUGGCUAAGGAGGCAACAUCGACGGACAAAAUAAACGAAGCUGGAACGUUCAGGCGCUCGUGUCUGAAGAUCUUAGAAGGGAAAAUUUCGCCGAUUCUUGCUGGAGUUAUAGCUUUCCUUGACACCAAUCAAAAUUUAGACAUCCUUUCUACUGAGGCCUCAAAAUGGAAAACGGAUUUAUGGCAAAACAUUUUAUGUACACCAAAUGCUUUGGAAUUCAGUUAUUCAGAGUUGCAGUCUCCGACUCGGACUAGUGUACUUCGAGAGGCGUUAGUUCUUUAUACUGGUAUUGGCAAAAACGUGUUUGAAUCACAGAUGCCGUUUUCUUGGCUCUACAUCUCAAAAAUAUCUGAUAUAUACAUUGAAACAAAUAAAAGAACUGACGAUACUGAUACGGUUUAUCAAGGCUUGGUAGGACUUUUGAAAGAAAUGCCCUUAUGCAGUUUGUUGUAUGAUAUUGAUAAUGAAAACUCUGUAUUAGAGGGAAUAAGAGAUUACAUCAACGACUUCGUCUGUUCAGUAUAUCACAAUGGAUCAAAAAACGAACACAGUGUCCUGUGUAAAGCUUUGGAAGGACAGGCAUUUAAACUCUACAGAAAAUAUGGGGAGUUCACGCUUUUAAAUGCUGUUGUGUGUGUCCAUGUUGUUUACAAUGAAAUGACUCAAGGACUGUCAUAUUUCCGUCUCAUCAACAGCAUAUGGAGUGACUGCAGCAGUCGGAUAUUGGAGUUAAAAGUCAACGACCCAAAACACAGUAUACUGAAGGACAAUGAUAUUACGAUGGCGGCUGCAUAUUUGCUUUGUGAGCAUACAAGUCCUGAUAAACUGGACGACACAUCAAGCCGAGCCAAAUCAAAGGUAGACGAUUACACAAAGAGGACAGAAUGGCUAGGAAAAGUGCAAUAUAACCGACCAGUCUUGGAAAAGACGCUCUACUUUCUUGAACAACAAGCUCAGUCUUCAGAUUUUCCGUCCGAUGAUAUUAAACACAUCAGAAUCCAAUGGGAGCGGAUUAUUGUUAUGAAGCUGUUUAUAGAACACAUAUGCCUAACCAGUGAGGAGAAAACAUACAUUAAUUAUUGUAUGCCUUUAUGGAAACAAUUGUGUAAAUUAGGCGACGCUAUAAACAUGAAAAUGGUUGAACCCAUUCAAAAGUUGGAGAAUUUUAUGAAGCAGAUUAACAAAAAGCACGUAAAGAAUCUUUUAGGGGAUGCAAGCAAAUGCUCCCAAUGUGAACGUAUGCUAGACACUGUGCCAGUAAAGCUGCCUUGCGGAGAUUUGAUAUGUACAGGAUGUUUUCAGGGCUUGAAAAUAAGGACAAGAAAAUGUGUUACAUGUAAAAAUGAAUUUGCUGAAGACUGGGAACCGACUGCAGGAAAUCAAAAUCUGAAAGAGAAAGAAAUUGCUAUUUUAAAAGGAUACCAGAAGAAAUGCAAUGCUUUUUUUAUGGACAUGAUAUCCCAGCUUUGUUUUACCAACAACGGUGCACCCUCUAUCGAAGUAAUAGAAAAGUUAUUGUCAUUUAUAACCUUUGAUGGGUCAAAAGAAAGUGGAGUUAUACAGACCAAAGUAAUGUCUAUAUUUGACACCGGUAUUGACCCGACUCCUGUUUUCAGGUCAUUUCUUCUUCAAUUGCUUUUGAAAACCAGUAUGGAUGAUGUCAAGAAGAACAUAGACGUGUAUUUGACCAAUGCUGAUGACAUCAUUAAAAAGCAAGGCAAAGAAAACGCAGAUAUGGCAUCGGAUCAGAAUAUGGCCCACACAAAUCAAUACAUAGAACUAUGUUUGAUGAUAAUUCAGUGCCUGGAAUCUAUUUUGGGGAAGCUGCGAUCCCUGUUAGAUAUCUUUACCGAAGAGGCCAGUAAAGCAGAAAGUGAAAUUGGUUAUGCAUCGGAGGCCUUGCAGAGCGUAGCAAGCAACCUGACAAAAGACGAAUUAUCUGUAAAUAAGCUAGUGACCAUUGCUAAGGCCAGGGUAGGCCUCGCCAUAUGUGCAAAAUAUCAAAUUCGUGCAUUGAAUACAAGCCCAAAAAUUCAAAUGGACGUUCGUGCCCUUCUCAGUGCUUCUAGAAUUGUUUGCAAUGAUGAAUGUAAAUGGCCAAGAAUAUUUAUCGUGAAGAUCAUCAGUCGAUGCUACGGACUUGACAAUUACUUCAGGCUUUGCUCUUCAGAAGAUGAUUUGCUAAAUUGGGUUUCCCUGCCAGAAGCAAGAUUAGACGUGCACGUAGCGUCUGACAGAUAUAUCGUGUGUGGUAAAGACUACGUAAGUUUAAGACGUGCAGUUACAGAUGUUGCUUUAGGGACAGAUGUCAAUCAUCUUGAAAAUAUAUUAAAGGAACUUAGAGUAGAAGAAUUGAAAACAGCUGUUUACCUUGACUUAGCUAUAUACAGAGAAAUAACAUGCGCAAACCUUUUUCCUGAUGACGGACGGCCAUUUCCCUUGAAGAGGGUUGCCGUUUUCGAGGAAUUUAUUUCAGAGACAUUCAAUAAAAUUCAUUCCCGUAAGGAUCUCCCAUUGAAAGUACUACAAAAUGCACUUUUGCCAGAACAACUUAAAGUUGAAGAAAAGGUGGAUGUGUCAACACAGGGAAUACAAUGUCUUCUAGUGCAUUAUUUGUCAAUCCUAAACAAGCUUGAUGGGAACAAGACGUUGCUGCAACCGUUUACAUGUUUAAUUGUUAAUGCAGAUUUGUACACGGAUGCACUUCUUCCAACAAUGCCUCAGGAUGACUUAGAUGAAAUAAGAGCAUUGCUUUUGCACGAUAACAAACAGGGAAGAAUGACAAUAAUGAAAUGUCCAAAUGGUCACGUCUAUACAGUCAAUAAUUGUGGUGUACCAAUGGAAGCUCAAAAAUGUUUAGAUUGUGGAGUAGAUAUCGGCGGAAGCGGAGACCAUACAGCGUUUGAAUCUAAUAAAAAGGACAAUAACAUUGAUGAAACAAAACCAGGACAUGUUUUAGGACCUCCUGAGAAACGUGAAAAAAAAGCUUCUUCAGAACGAGAGUUAGAACCUAAUUUCCUUGCGUGUGUCCGACUUCUUCUUCACAUGUCACUUUAUCUAGGAUCAGCCAAUAACCAAGAGGCCAUCUGCCGCAUGAUUCAACCUGAAAUUUGCAAAGAUGAUGUUUCAACAUUUUUAUGGAACCAUAUCAAAGUUGACAUAGAGAUCUUAGAAAAUUGCACCGGAAAGAGUAUGGAUGACGUGCUUCUAUUGUUGCAUGUUCUUAUUGGUAACAUAAUGGAGACUCAUAUCAAAGGUGAUGGUGUAACAGCAGAUGGCAAGAUCCUUCAACUUAAAACAAAAAGCGACCGGAAAAAUUGGGAAAUCAAGUUUGUAAAAACGUAUUUGCAAGGGACUUUAAAUCAAAUAGACGAUAAACUUAAUGUAUGGAAUAAGAAAUUGGCUGCUGAUAACCGUCUAGGAGGAAAUCCACUUCUAUGUCUGAUGUAUGAAACAGAUAAUAUGCAAGAUGAAUCUGAAAAUCACCAAAGGCUUCACGAAGUUUCUCGCGCUUGGAGGUUUAGGACACCGGUUUCUUUGGAACAUUUGCGUAACGAAUUAGCUGAUGGAGAUAAAUACAAAAGUUUGCGGCUAUUUUUGAAUGAGGAACAUCAUCUUAGAGCAUUGCGGUUUGUGCCAAACAUACUACUGCUUCAACGUGCACUAUUAAAGUCAUUCCAAAGGAAACUUGACAGAAGUGAAGGCACAAAAAUCACUUUAGAGGAGAUAGUACAUGGCAAAACAGCUGGACCAGAAACAGAAAACAUGGUAAAAGAGUUUAUCCAGGCUUGGGAUCUCGUAAGACUGUCAUUAAAAAAGCACGUGUGUCCGACUGAUACCGGAGGAGUUGUAGUGCCAGAGCAUUUAUGCAAUAUGCAAGUAACUGACAAAACACCAGUUUCAGUUUUGUUACCUUCGACGAAAGGACUUGGUCUUUGCUCCUUUGCUCUACUUGACUUUUUGCUUCGAAAAGUGCAGAAUGGCUUUUUGGACAAUUACUUAAGGGAGACAAAAAGAAAAUACAGCAGUUUCUUGUCUGUUAAACCAAAGGAACUUACAUCAGCUCACCUUAUUUGCUACGAUCCACAUCAGGAUCUACUGUCACUGAUACUAGCUAAUUGCCAGUACUCGUUUGAAAUGGGAAAAGGUACAACCGUCGAAUACGAUUUCAACGGCCUAGAGAGACAGAUCAUAGACAGGUUCCUACUAUCAAAAUCAAGAAUUGAUGUCGGACCGGUUCUUCAGAUCGAUAUGAUGGUAUAUCGGACAGAAGUUACCAAUUCUAAAGUUUUCAAGGAAUUAGCGGAGAAAAUUAAACAGUCUCCUUUAUCGGCUGCCGUGAAGACUCAAGUAUCAGGGGAAAUAAAAUCGUACACAGAUAUUUGUGAUUCUCUUGUAAAUAUGGACAUUGUGAUAUCUUUCCUCAAAUCAACAGGGGGAAAACAAGACCAAAAUCUGCAUACUUUUAUGUCAGAUAUUCUACGGAUGGGCACGUCGAUCGCAAGUCGCACGGCGCAGCAGGUAUGCGAGUUUCAACAUUGUAAAUCGAUGUGGCUACAUCUGACACUUCUGAAAUCAAAGAUGAUGGUUGACAACAACAAAGCUUUGUCGUCAAUAUUUGAGAGCGUGCAAGCUUCUUACCAUAACAAUUUGACGCCAGAAAUGGACAAAGAACUUGUUACUUUCUUGAGAGAGUAUACAGUUGAGAAACUUACUCCUUUUGUGGAAAUAUUGCAUGAAUAUAUACUCAUACAUCUGGCUGUUGAGGACAACACUAAUGAUGAAGACUAUAUGGAUAUCAAGGAUAAAUUAUUGCGUGACUACUUGUACGUAUACAUUGAAGAGUUGGACAUUGAAGAAGGUACAGAUAUUGUACCUGACUUACCUCCGGUGGUUUUGAACAUGCAUAGUCUUCCACUAUGGAUAUUGGCGUAUAAUGUUCUCCGUGAGAAACAAACAGGUGAUAGGAGAGUUUAAUUUGAAUGAAAAAAAUCAUUCAAUGAGGUAAACUCUUGACGCUAAAGACAGACAAUUGUUUGACAUUGAUUUUUCAGUUGAUCUUUUCUUACCUAAAUAUGAUUUCAAUUCAAUGGAUGAUUUUUCGAAAAUUAAAAUAUGCUGAUUAUGUAAUGUGUUUUAAUAUAUAUAUUUUAGAUAUUACUCAUAUUUCUGAAUAAAUGAUGAUGAUGUGAAAUAACUAGUUGAGAAUGUCUGCUUACUGAGUUGUAAAGAUAUUUUAUGUCGUUUGUUUCAAUAUCUAUUCAACUGUAACUUGAGUACACAUGUUGGUUGCAAAAUACGCAAAAUAGUAUCAGUUAUAAUCUUUUGACUUUGUAGAAAUAUUAUAACAUGCAUAUUUGUAAAUAUUUUAGUUAUGUUGACAUAGCGAAUCUUUCUGUAUGUUUUUCCUAAAUCAUAAUGAAAUGUAUAUAUUUGUGUUGCAUAUUUACACUUUAUGCCGUGAUUAUAUUUAAAUGGUGAGCAUGUAUGCCUUCAUUUUUGUUUGCUGUUUAAUUUGAGGGUAGUUUUUCUGAAAUUCGAAAAUUUUCUAUCUAUUGAAAUUAAAUCUUUCAGUAUGGCCGAUAUUUACCAAUGAUUUUUUAACUGAUGUUCACCACAUUACAUGUAAAUGCAUGCCCUGGCAAGUGUGUGUGUUUAAAAAUAUGUAUUGUUAUCUUUAUACAUAAUAAAGCAAAAGGGAACCUGUGUCGAUGUGAAUGUAGGUAAAUUUGAAGAGUUUCUAGAUACUUUUUUAUUAUGGUGUUGGUGUUUAGUGUUUAGAUACUGAGUAUUGAAAUGAAUGAGGAUGCUGUGUCUUUGUAAUUGAAAUCACUACAUUAGACUGGUUGCUAUUUUGAUAGAUAUCCUAUGCAUCUUUGAAAAUACAUUGGUGUUUAUCUCAUGUUAAUGUUAUGAUAUCAUUUCUUGUUUUGUUAUCAAUAUGUAUGAUUCUUAACGUUUCGAUUUAUCUUUAUGUUAUUGUUUUUAUCUUUUAAUCAUUAUGAAAUAUCAUUAUAGUUGUCUGACUUCACAAAAUUCCUGAACCCUUUUUAUUGCAAUCAUGUUUUCAUCAGACAGUUGUUGUUAAACUUGCAGAUAUCAAAAUGUGUUUGUCAAGAGAAACGUUGCCGUGCGAUCUAGUAAAUUUCUAUGUAAUAUAAAUAUUUCAGUGUGGCCGAUGUUUGCCAAUCAUGUUUGAAAUAUUUAACGCUGACUUAAGGCUAUAAUUUUGUUUUAAUACCUGUCUGAAUCUUUAUGCUAUAUGUAACUUCAUCAUUUUGUUUAAGAAAGGUUAAUUCAUCUUUAAUGUUAACAUGAUUAUGUUGUUAUUAUUUAGAUGUUGUAGAUUUCAUACGUAAACAUAAUGAUGUGUCCACUAGUAAAGAAUGACUAGGCUUUUAAUAUAUUUUACCAUCUCAUGUGUGUCACAUAAUUAUCACGCAAAAACGUGUAAAAUUUCAAAUUGAAUCUUCUAUAUGUUACGGUUCUGGAACUAGAUUCGUAUAACAUGCAUCUUUGCAAAAUAUGCCGGAUAUUUUCCUCUCAUAUUUGAUUGAGUUUAUGUUGUUUUUAUAUACCAUAAUGAAAAACAUUUUGUGUUGCAUGUUCACAUUUAAUGACCUUGUUCUAUUACGCGUUAUCGUAUAAUGCUUUUUUUAUCCAACUGUAAACGUGUGUUUAUCUUGAGGACCUCUAUUGAGACUGAAUGUUCGAGUAUGGCCGAUAUUUGAUAAUUGAUGUUUGAACUUCUAUUCAACGCAUAGAACGUAUGAUUUAACACUAUUAAAAUGAGCUGGUCAGAGGAUGAUGUUUGAGGGGAUUAAAUGUUAACAUAAUUAUUAUUGAUAAAUGUUUGAAAUUUGUUUUUUGAAUUAACAGAGAAAUAAGUACAUGCAUUGUAUGUGAGUAUUUAUAUAGGCUUUUGAAUGCUUUCCUAUGACAAUUAGAUGAACGAACAAUUGUUUAGAGGGGAUUGAAUGUUAACAUUAUUAUUAUUGAUAUAUGUUGCAUAGAACUUUUGAGAUUUGUUUUUUUAAUUAACAGAGAAAGUAAUACAUGUAUUGUAUGUCAGUAUUUAUAUAGGCAUUUGAAUGCAUUCCUAUGACAAUUAGAUGAACGAACAAUUGUUUUAAGGGGAUUAAAUGUUAACACUAUUAUCAUUGAUAUUUGUUUCAUAGAAUUCUGUGAAUUUUGUUCUCGAAUUUACAGAGUAAUCAGUGAAUGCAUUAUAAGUUAGUAUUCAUGUAGGCAUUUGAAUGCAUUCCUAUGACAAUUAAAUGAACAAACAAUUGUUUAGAGGAGAAUGCCAACUCGUCAAUAUUUUUUUAUUAUUGUAAGAAAAAAUCUUGCAACAGAACCGAUGUUUACCAAAUGAAAAACAACGAAGGCACAUUUAUUUGUGACUCUGGUCAGUGUUAGCGAUUGCUAAGGUGAGAUUGCUUUUUUAAAUUAAUUUUAUCAUUUAAUGAUAGUUUUUCAUUUAAUUAUAGGUUAUUGAGAAUGUCGUUGGGCUGCAAUCAUGUUGUUUUGUUGGCUUUGCAAAUGUUAAUGUUUUCGAUAUGAACCAUAUGAAGGAUAACAGUUUUUUCAAAUUGCUAGGGAAACACAUACAUUGGCAAUAUCAAAUCCAUAAAGAAAAAGAUAAAAAUUUGUUUGUGCAGAAAAUUAAUAAUUUGCAGUUCUUUUUUACUUUUGUACUUUUUGCAUUAAUAACAAAUGUGUUUAAUCAAGUUUGACAUUAUCCUGUACAUAUUUUAUUAGUAACCAUUAUUGUAUAUAUACAUGUAAUUGUAUGUUAAAAACGAGUUUUAUUAUCUUUAUAUAUGUAAAAGGGAAAGUAAACUUGUCUUGAGGGGAACGUCGUUCACCGCGGCAAAAUCUCUUACUAUAUAAAAGAAAAUCUGCCAGCAGAACCGAUGUUUGCCAAAUGAAGGACAUCUUUACUUGUAACUCUUUUUUAUAAAAUACUGAUAACUUUAUCAAUAACUAUAGCACCAUAUUAGAUAGAAGUAUAUUUUGCUAAACAAAAAAUUACAAGUUUGUUUGUCCAAAAUAAUGUUGUAUUGAGGAAAAUUUUAUUUGACUUAGCAAAACAUCUAAAAUAUUGUCAGAGGAAAUAUGUCAAUGUUCUCGAUAUUUGCAAAAUGAAUGAAACACUCUAUUAAAUUGCUAGGUAAAAACCUAGCAUUGACAAUAUUCAGUCUAUAAAGAAAGUGAUUUUGGAAAUAACAUUUUUUUAAAAGAAGAUUAUUUACAUUAUGCCCUUUGCUACUUAAAAAAUAAUAACAAAUCUGUGUAAAGAGAUUUGAAAAGAUUAUAUACAUCUAUUGUUAGUAAGCAUUAAUGUAUAUACAUGUAGUUGUGUGUUUAAAAGAGAUUGUUUGUGUAAAUGCUUAUUAAAGGGAAGUAAACUUGUCUUGAGGGGAAUGUCGUUCACCGCGGCAAGAUCCUUUACUAUCUAAAAGAAAAUCUGUCGCAGAACCGAUGUUUGUCAAAUGAAGGACACCUUUACUUGUGAUACUAUUGAUUUUAUUUUACUGAUAUUUUAGCGAUACCAAAGGCGCUUUAUCAGUUGGAGGUUUGUUAUACAAAAGUAAAUGUAGUUGACAAUCUCGUUUGACUGAAAUAAUGUUGUCUUGAGGAAAAUACUGGUUGAAUUGAUAAGAUAUAUAAAUAUCGUUUGACGAAAACUGUCAAUGUUUCGGUAUUUGCCAAAUGAAGGACAACACUGUUUUAAAUUGAUAGUUUAAAAUGUCAUUGGAAAUUUCAAACCGUUAUAAAAGAAAUAGUAACCUGUUUCUUGUUUUUUCUUUUUGUUUGUUUUGUUUUGUUUUUCUCAUAAAUAGAUUUUUGUGCUUUUGGUCGUGUGUUUUAAUUUUUUUUUAAAUAUUAUGUAUGUUAAUAUUUUAGUAUUUAGCAUUUAUAUAUAAACAUGUAAUCAACAAGUAUUUUUUAUCUAUAUGCACAUUUCAAGAGCGAAAAUGUAAACUUGUCUUGAGGGGAAUUCGAGUCAACGCGGCAAGAUCUCCUACUAUUUAAGAGGAAAUCUGCCCACAGAACCGAAGUUUGCCAAAUGAAGGACAUGUUUACACGUAACUCUGAUUUUAUUCUUCUGAUAAUAUUAGCUAUAACUAACGCGAUGAAAAAAGUUGACUCUUUAAUUUUGUUUGACUGAAUUGAUAUUGGCUUGAGUUAAAUACUGAUAAACCUCGCACGAAUUUUAAGUAUACUACAUUUUCUAGCAGGACCGGUAUUUACGUUUUGUUAUUAGACAGACAAUAUUUAACUAGUUAUGCAACUUAUGGCAGACAAAUUUGUAGCAGAAAUUUUAUCAACCUAGUUGUACAAUUUGCAAUCUAUAAUCAUCACAAAGCUUUCCGGCAGAAAGAAUGUAGUCUUGCUCUAAUUGGUAUGACCUCCAACUAUUGUCGGAAAUAUUAGUUAUUAUUACCAAUUUAAUUUGCAAAAUGAAGAGAAAUUGUGUUAUAACGUGCAUUUUAUAUGUUGUUUUUACUUUACAUUGACAUGGUACAAACAAAAGAGCAUUACAUAUACACUAUUGUAUACCAAAUACAUACAUGUAUCAGAAUACAUGUUCAUACAAUGAUAUGUCUAAAAUAAACAUAUCUUAAAUUGUAAGAGUAAAAAUAAGAUUAUACAGCACACUAUUGUAUAAAUAUGUACAUUAGCGCAUAUUUCGUAUACAAUAAUGCUAUCGUGGACCAUAUUUUGUAUAUUGGAGGCGAGCAUUCAUGACAUUUGUGAUAGGUAUGAUAAAUAAAUGGGAAAACUCAAAAUAUUUUAGUAAAUGCUUUUUCAUAAUUCGGUAGCAGAUGUCAGUGAAUAAGGCAUUAUGAACAUGUUAUUCAAUAGUGUACCUGUCUUAUCAAAACAUAUAUUAGAUAAUAGUUUUAUGUUUUAUUAUAUAAUCUUUAAAGUGUAAUCUUCAUAAUAAACAUAUUAGACAAAA